AAUGAAUGAACACCCGCCACUUGCGUACGCAGUCAUCUAACGAUUCUAGGUAGAUCCGAUACUGCCGGGGGUUCAGUUUUAGGACCUUCAUACAUAAGCCGAAUGAAUUCCCUCUCGGUCAGCAAUUGAAACCUGAACUUGAAUGAUUCAUUCUGUCAAAAUCAACGUCUAGGCUAGUUGCCACAUCAGCUGGCGAUCUCAAUAAGCGAGGCUGUUUUUUUGUUUACUCAUUUCUCUUGAGCCUGUUCAACAAAAAAGAUCAAGCUUUUUCAGGCCCAAAAACCUGCCGGGGUACCUACGUCACGUCACGUUCGUACCCGUUCACUGAAGGACCCGUGCCCAAAUCCACCAAAACCGCAAAAGUCCACUGGCGCCACUAAGCUCUGGCGCUCGGCCCCGGCCCAUAUUGUCCAAUCCACGUUGAUCUUAAGGCCAAGACAAACUAAAGCUCAGUCGAGUAGCUUCAUCUCAUCAUUUCUCACCACCAGCACCAGCCUUUUAUUAGUGCUUUUUGCUCCUCUCAUCAUCACCAUCCAUCCCCCGCCAUUGCUUCCUUGUUCGAGUAUAAUUGAGCGUCAUGUCCUACGAUCAGUACAAUCAGAACCCUUACCAGCAGGGCUCGGCUCAGGAUAACUCCUAUGGCUAUGGCCAGGCCAAUCCUUAUGCGCAAGAAGCGCCAGCCCAUAGUAACGACCAGUAUGAGAUGCAGGAUUAUUCGCAACAGGCUACAGCUACUAGCUCGAGUCUUUCUCAGCAAGAAUUCCUGAACCGCGUGCAGAAACUCCGCGAUGAAAUCAAGGGUCUGACCAACGACGUCGAUUACAUCGGCCAGCUCCACCAACGCACCCUCAGCAGUACCGAUGGGUCCGCCAACCAUGACCUCGAGCAGUAUGUUUCUCAGACCCAGAUCCGAAACACCGCUAUCAAGGACGGCAUCAAGGGACUCGAGCGCGAUCUCGCAAAGACCAACGACAGCUCCCGUACCACAAAGAACACCCAGCUGCAGUCCCUCAAGACCUUCUUUAAGUCAGAGCUCGACAAGUACCAGAGCAUCGAGCGGGAUUACCAGCAGCGCUAUCGCGAUCAGAUUGCCCGUCAAUACCGUAUCGUCAACCCCGAUGCUUCCGAGCAAGAGGUGCAGGAAGCCGCCAACGCCGACUGGGGCAACGAGGGUGUGUUCCAGACUGCUCUACGAACAAAUCGUACCGGUCAUGCAAGCUCCGUACUCGGUAAUGUUCGUGCUCGUCACAGUGAACUUCAGCGCAUUGAGCAAACUCUUUCCGAGCUUGCCAUCCUCUACCAGGAGCUCGCCACCAUUGUUGAGCAGCAAGAGCCGGUCAUCCAGGCCGCUGAAACUAAUGCUAUCAACACCGUCGAUCACAUGGAGAAGGGCAACGAGCAAGUCGAGGUGGCCAAGAAGCACGCCGCCAACCGUCGCAAGCUCAAGUGGUGGUGUGCCCUCGUUGUCCUACUCAUCAUCAUCGCUAUUGCCGUGGGUGUCGGUGUCGGUGUUUCUGUGGCGAACAACAAGUAGAGCAGAGGCUCAUCAUCUCAAACUCCAUUGCCGAUGUUAUGAUGCUGACGCUGAUGCUCUGCUUGUUUUUGUUUCUCGUUUUCCCCUUCAUAGAUAUCUCGACGACGCAUUUGAGUUCCCAUUCUUCCGUUUUUACCCACAAGACCAGAGGAUACGACACGUCUUUAAUCCGUAUACCACCUCCCGUAUUUAAUCAUUCUUCUUCCCUUUGGCGCCGAAGCGUUAGGGGCCUUGUUGUUGCGGUCGUGGAGGAGAGGGUGGAGCUCACCCUGACUGUUAAUGAGAAACCCGGAUUCAUGUGAGCUUUUAUCCUCGGAUGGUAUUUUUGCUCUUUUUUUUUUUCUUUUUUUUUUUUUUUUUGUCUACUGGCGUUCUAUCUUUUUUGCUCCUCUUGUAAUAUCACUGGUCCGUCCUCAAAUUACAAGAGGAGAGGCAGACAGAUGAGGAGCAUCGCCGUUAUUGUACAUAUGUAUGUUGAAACACGAUCCAGAAAACGUCAUUGAGUCAUUGAGGCUACUGGAGUAGAGAUUCAUGGUAUUAAUGUCAUGCCUUUAAAGGCUGUUCAAUCAUAUCGGUCUACAUAGUGAUUUUGAGUACCAUAUUCAUCAAGUCAUCGGACAGGGCGUGACGAAAAAAAAAAUACGACUCAUUUUUCUUCCUCCCAUGUACCAGUGCAAAUGAUGUCCAAGCCUGCUGAGUACCUGCCCUGCGUUCACCUCGAAAAUUUCCGAUAUGCUUAAGAAAAACAUAAGAGAAGCACUUAUUAUAUACAGGUACAAUUGGGCUCAGUUGUGUGCAUUAUAGUUCCCAACUGCAGAGCAUUGGACCUUACUUGCUGGUGAGGAAGCAGCUGCGUAAGCUCCCUCGGUGGACAGAGUGUGGUUGGUUAUGUCCCGCGUCCCAUCCUAAAUCAACGCCAUCCUUUUUCUCGUCUGCUCCUAAUUCGUACACUUUACACGCCUUGGCCAUUCAUUGAUUGGUGUUUAUUUCUCGUACAACAUUUAUUGGGGACCCAUACGAAGGCCACCAGGCCCAGCGCCACCCGCCAACUUGGCUGCCAACUUUGGGUACUUCUCUGUGACUUGAACUUGUGUUCUGGUUGCCUCGGCGUAUGACAAGGCAUUGACAAUCUCAGCCUCAGUUCGAGCGAGCUCGGCCGCGCGCUCGAAAUACUUAAGAGCAGCAGGAACGUUGUUCUGUUGAAGGAGGAGCUGGGCCAUGGUAGCGACGGCAAUAUCGCACUCCGGGUCGACUAGGUUAUUGUUAGGACAAUAAUUGGCUGCAUUGUGUAGGAGAAUACUUACUGAUAAGGGCCUUCUGGCAAAGGGCCUCGGCUUCCU